GGCAUGAGGCUUGAUUCAGUACAUUUAUCCAUGCUGGUCAUCGGGGUCUCAUUCGCCUGCUACUCCCCGAAUUUGAAUUCCCUGCAGGACCAGGUUUUCAAAUCCGCCGUGGUGAUCGAGGGCAAGGUGCAGUCUACGCCUGUGAACGUCUCCGCGGAGCCGUACCGUGUGAAUGUCAAAGUGCUGGAUGUUUGGCCCCAGAACAGCGGGGGUCUGGAGCGAGAACAGCUCGUCACCGUGGGAGAAUUUGGAUCCGAGGCUCCGUGCACCAAAGUGAAGAAGAACCACAAAUACAUUUUUUUCAUGGACCCCACUGACGAGCCCUUGGUUUUCAAGGCAUCGUUCGCGCCUCUGGACACCAGUGGAAAGAACCUAAAAAAGGAUGUUGGGAAGAUCUUGUGUGAGGACUGCGCUGCGGCUCCAAAGUUAAAACCGAUGAAGAAUCCAAUAAUAGUGGACCAGGGGAGCAAGCUCAUAGUGAAGUGCGAGGCCACAGGGAACCCUCUCCCCACCUACACGUGGUUCAAAGAUGGCAAUGAGCUGAAGAAAAGCAAAAAAGUCAAAAUAAGGAACAGCCAGAAAAACUCCAGAGUCCAGAUCAGCAAAGCAAAACUGGAGGAUUCUGGGAAUUACACAUGUGUGGUGGAGAACCCGCUGGGAAGAGACAACUCCACCGGCACUGUCAACGUCCAAAGCUUAACCACAACGCUAUCUCCAGGCUCAGGCCACGCCAGAAGAUGCAACGACACAGAGAAGGCCUACUGUGUGAAUGGCGGCGACUGUUACUUCAUACAUGGUAUCAAUCAGCUCUCCUGCAAGUGUCCAAAUGACUUUACUGGUGAUCGCUGUCAAACCUACGUUAUGGCCAGUUUCUACCAGCAUCUUGGGAUUGAAUUUAUGGAGGCAGAGGAACUCUACCAGAAAAGAGUCCUGACAAUCACGGGUAUUUGUGUGGCUCUGUUGGUGGUGGGCAUCGUGUGUGUGGUUGCCUACUGUAAAACCAAGAAACAAAGAAAGAAGAUGCACAAUCAUCUGCGACCAAACAUGUGUCCAGAACAUCCCAAUCGUAACGUACCUAACGGACCCAAUCACCCAGGACCAGGCCCAGAGGAAAUCCCCAUGGUAGAUUACAUAUCAAAGAACAUCCCUGCAACUGAACGAGUCAUAAGGCCUGCAACGGAGGGGUCGUUCCCUGCCAGCCAUGCUUCUUCCAGAUCCCACAACUCUUCCACACGAGCUCAUUCAUCAACUCACAGACACGAGGAACGGACAUGGAGCCUGGAACAUUCUGACAGCAUCCUCUCUGACUCGCCGGGAAUGAUGUCAUCAUCCGUGGGGACCAGUAAAUGCAGCAGUCCUGCGUGCAUGGAGGCACGGGCUCGCCGGGCCGCACACUGUGGUUACUCUGACCCCCAUCGGCCGGGCCUGCAGUACGGAGACUCCUUUGACUCGCUGGGAGACUCUCCGCACAGCGACAGAUAUGUGUCAGCAUUGACGACACCAGCCCGCCUCUCGCCGGUGGAUUUCCAUUACUCAUUGCCAUCGCAGGUGCCUACCUUCCAGAUUACAUCCCCCAAUGCCAGCCAUGCUAUGUCUCUGCCUCCUGCUGUCCACAACCCCUACCCGCUGGAGGAUGACCAACCUCUGCUACGCCGCUACCAGGUGCCGCUACACGACGCCCAGUGCCAGGAGCCCUACCGGCAGCAGCGUCGUACCUAUCUCAAUGACAGCAGGGGCAGCCUGCCCUCCAGCCCCUAUCGGCUGGCUGAGGAAGAAGACUAUGAGACCACCCAGGAGUAUCUCUCCUCUCGGGAGCAACCAAAGAGAAGUGGGUCCAGUGGAAGUGGGAGCCGGCGCUGGCGGAGAUCCAGACUGAACGGCCACGUGGCCCCACGCGGAUAUGAGGCAUCUCGGGACUACGGAUCUCGAAGCUGCCUAACAGAUAGUGAGUCAGAGGAGGACGGUGAGAGCACGCCCUUCCUCAGUAUGCAGAACAUGAAUGCCGAGCCGUCCACCAUCUACAGGCCGGCGGACAGUCGGACUUCUCACUCGUCGGGGCGGCACAGUGGGCAUGGAAACAUGCACACGAGACUUACACACUCACGCUCCAAACCGGACAAUACACCCCAUUAAAGAGUGAAAACGAAAAUCAAUAUAGUAUAGACCUGCAUCUAUAAGAAAUAUUUUUAUUUUAUAUAACUGACAGAUAUUCUAAACAAAUGAAAUAUUUAUUUUCAUUUUAGCAAAAGUUGUCUACUAGUUAACAGCAAAGACUUUUUUAUAGGGAAAACUCUAUUUAUAUGUACAUUUUGAUUUACAGCAUAAAAGAUGUGCCAGUUUUUUCACAACGUAAAAAAUAGAGUAAUAUUGUGGUGCCUUUUGCUGUAUGCCGAUGCCAGAGGGCCAGUGGAGGUUUUUGUAGCCUUUCUUAUAUGGACGCCUCAUUUUUUAUACACGUUUGUUUUUUUUCCUCUCUGGUUUCCUGUUUUAUUUUAUUUUUUUCUUUCCAAGUUGCAUUCUUUGAGGAGUCUAGCCCCACUGGAACAUAACCCCUUCCAUGUCACGCAAUAUAAACCACUUCAACAUAAAGUGUAUGUUUACAUUAAUAUGAUUCGCCUGUAGGAUUUUUGAUUCGGGAUCUAGUAGAACGCCUGAUGAAUAACAGCGUAGAUCCUGUUUGCCCUCUGACUAAUGUCUACAGAGAGAGAGAUUGGUUGGUUGUGUGUGUGCACAGAUGACUCUGUACGUGUGUUGUGUGCGUGUGCGCGCAUGUCAGUUUGCUUGCAUGUAUUUGUGAUUGUUAGAUGAAUUUCAUAGUUUGUUGUGGUAACAUCAGACGUGUGGGUCUCCUGGUGUCUCAGCAGAGCUGACAGAGCGUCUCAGAGGUCCACAGAUUAGUGCUUUAUCAAACACUGAGCCUCAGUGUAGGUGCACAGGUGAGGCUGCUGUAGGCUUCUAUGUUAUGCAGGUCAUUGCUUGAUGUGUUUACAGCUAUUCUGCCCCCUUUUCCCCAGCCUGCCCCAAUUAGGUCCCUUUUAUUUCCCAGCAGGUUGUCCUCGUGUUAGCCCGUUAUGAGGCCGACAAACACUGAGCCGCCCGGCACAGGGUGACCCCUGCCAUCAGAGGUGAUGGCAAAACAAAAAAGAUUGCAUCUGUUUCCACUCAACUCAGCCCCCAGUCCCAUGCCUCAUCAUCCUUCUGUGUCCAUUCUGUUUUUGUGGCUUGUGUAAAGGGCCACACAGCGUCUCAGGAUUUCCACAUGCCCCAACCCCCAUCUUAAACCCUGUUCACCCAUUCUCAACUUAACCUAACCUAAGACUUAGGUUCUCAGAUGAUGAAGGCCUAAAUGUCCGCAUCCAUUCCCCCCUUCAAAGAGAAAAGGAACGCCAAGUGGAAGCAGAACAGUGCAGAACAAACUCGACAAUAUCAACAAAAUAGCUGUGAAUCUUUGGAGGAUCAUACAAUGCAAAAAUAUGCAAACUUUCUAUUUUGCUGUUUGAUUACAUCAUUUUCUAAGAGGUGACUGUAGUGUGCUGUGUGUGUAAAAAGCUAUGUGAUGCCUAUAGUGUAGAAUGAACUAUCAUGAUAUAAAUGCAUAUUUACAUGAGUUAGUUUUUAAAGCCAUUAUGCAGCCGCCUAUCAAGCUGUCAGCCUUUCUUGUUCACAUAUCCACGUCCAUUGAACGACUGUAUUCAUGACUUAUGUUAUCACCUGGUUAAGAGUGCUCCACUUUACAUGUACACUUCAAAAGUUAUGUCGAAUAGUGUCUCCUCCAAGAGUACUGUGUACUGCUUUGUCUUGUUGACAGAUUUGUCAUUUCAAAUUCAGUCUGUAUAUGAUAAUACAUUUAAAGGAAACCCUUGUCCUCCACCGAAGGAAAAGAAAAUUCAAAAGGAAAUUCAUGAAUUAACUGAAAUUGACUUGAUUUUCAAAUGCUGAAUUAUUCUAUGAGUAUGAAAAAGAUUGAUCUGCUAUUGUAUCUGCUGUUUGGUCAAUGCACAGUGAUGUUAUAUAGGAAGGUCUUUGGUCUCACCUCACUUUGCAGAUGUUUCAUUGAGUUUCUCUCCUCUGGGUCUAACGUCUGAAAACUGCAAAAGAAGCUCCUCUACUUUAAAUGUAAUACUCCCUUCACUUCGCCAGCCCUCCCACUUAACCAAGAUGCUACCAGGCACGUCCACGUUUUAAUUUUAUUACCCCCUGACACCGCCACACCCGACCCCACCCUCGCUUGAAAUGUUUGAACACCUCUCUUCUGCAUGUCCUUGUGGUCACGGUUAGAUGGGUGCAUGGUUUAAAAAAAAGAAAAAAAAAAAGCAGCAGACAAUUCUUUUUUCCAGUCAGUGAAAGUGUAUUUCAUUUAACAUUCAGCAAUAAAAAAGAACCUUUCCCCAUGUCAUUCCUGAAAUAUGCUAGAAAAAAAAAGAAAAAAAUGCGAGAUUGUCAUAGAUUGUAAAAUAAAAUGAAAAAUGAAUCCACCUGUUCAUAUGAGAAAAUAAAUCUUUAUUCAUAUCA